CAGAGUUCAGUACUGCUACGGUGCUACACACCAUAUCUUGUUUAGCUUCCAUCGAUCGCCACCAGAACACACCACAGAGGAAGAUGAAGCUUCUCGGGAGCCAGAGAAGAGGAGGCUUCAGCAGGACCCUCAAAGAGCACAGGGCAAGGUUCUACAUCAUCCAGCGCUGCGUCGUCAUGCUCCUGCGGUGGCACGACUGA